CUACCAUGCCGAAAUGUCGUCGUUGCUACUUGGGGGUCGACAAAAACGAUCAGGGGCUUGGCAAGCAUCAGCUCUCGGAAUCUUUUUUUUUUUGGACAAGCACGACAACGUCAUUGAAUGUCAUGAUGCAGAUGUUUCGGGGCCGCGGGGGGAAACUUCUUUCCCAUCGGGACAUCUUGCUCGGCCAAUGGCGGCGUCGUGCCCUCGCGACUCAGCUCUCGUCUGAGGAGUUCGGCCCAGAACACCUGCCUACGACCUGCCUAGUGCGAGCAGAGUUUUCUGAUAUCAGCCCCUCAGCCUAUGAGUACUUCUCGUAUCAGUGCUCAGACUAG